AAUGAGAAAGAGCCAGAGAUGCAAAUAGGAACUCCAACAGAUGUAAAGCAUAUCGCUCACAUUGGUUGGGACGGAGGAUCUCUCAAUCAAAAUUCACCCACCUGGAUGAGUGAUUUUAACCUAUCGGGUGGAUAUUCAUCGGUGCCUCUCAGAAAUAUCAAGGAGGAUGCUUCAUGCCUUUCUGAAGAGUCGUCGAGGCGGUCACGUGAGACACACGGACUUCCAAAAGCGUCGAGAGAGCGUUCAAGCACUAACCUAGGUGGUUCUCGUUCGCCAACAAAAGAAGGAUCAUCAAGAUUACGUGGAUCUUCGCAUUCUAGUGGAAACCCAAAAGCUUCACGUAAAUCAAAAGAAUCUUAUGAUACUAUUCUCCAAGAUGGUUCUAAAAGAUCUCGUCGGAGAAAAUCUAAAGAUUCUGUAAACGGUGGUGGGUCUUCAAGAUCGUCACGAAGAGCACGUGGAUCUUCGCAGUCAGAAUCGAUGAGUGGUUCUAUCUCCGACACAGGAUCAAUGAUAUCAAUCGAUCUCCACUUAUGAU